CCAGGGAUCGUGUGUCAACCAUGUAAUCCUGCUCUGUACACACAGAAAUUGUUAUGUGGGCUCAGGAAGGCACAACCUCAGGACUGGACAUGAGAAGGUCACUCAGGCCCAAAUGAGGGCUAGAGCCAGCCUCCCAGUAAACAACUGACCCAUCUUUUCUGGGCUCUUCUCCCCAGGAUUUCAACAGCACCACAGAAAUAGCCAUUUUGCUCAUGGUUAUUUCCCAGAUCCUCACCACUUAUCCAAGUCACUGGGAGGCCGUGUGUCUGUUCUGAGCCUUCCCACGCAGGACUGUCCUUCUCCCAAAGGGUGGAUGAAGAGUAGAGCUUUGCGCCCUGUGAUUCUGCUUUAAUCCACCCUGCUUGCUUUGAGAGGACUGCUUCUGUGGGUCACUGGAGGCAGCCCCACCUUCCCCAGUGGGAGCGGCUGCUGCUGGUGGCAGGGUGACUGAGUCCAGCCCGGGCUCAGGAGGCUUCUCAGAGCUGGAGGCCCACAUGGACGCCAUGAGCAGCCCCGAGAUGCCGCGCCAAUUCCCCAAGCUGAGCAUCUCUGAGGUGGACGAGCAAGUCCGGCUCCUGGCCGAGAAGGUGUUUGCUAAAGUGCUCCGAGAAGAGGACAGCAAAGAUGCCCUGUCCCUCUUCACCGUCCCCGAGGACUGCCCCAUCGGCCAGAAGGAGGCCAAGGAGAGAGAGCUGCAGAAGGAGCUGGCGGAGCAGGAGUCUCUGGAGAGCGUGAAAAGAAAGAAAAGUUUCAAGAUGAUUCGGUCCCAGUCCCUGUCUCUGCAAAUGCCAACGCAGCAAGAUUGGAAGGGCCCCCCGACAGCCACUCCGGUCAUGUCUCCCUCAACCCCUGUGCUCCCUGGAGCACCUUCCCAGGCCAUGCCAGCGCUCUAUGCCAUGCCCGAGUACCAGCGGGUAACCAUCAGCGGAGAUUACUGUGCCGGGAUCACUGUGGAGGACUACGAGCAGGCUGCCAAGAGCCUGGCCAAGGCCCUGAUGAUCCGGGAGAAGUAUACCCGACUCGCCUAUCACCGCUUCCCACGGACCACCGCCAAGUACCUGGGUCAUCCACAGGCGGACACGGCACCCCUGACGGAGGUCCUCCCAGACUUCCACCCUCUCCCACUGCCCCAGGAAGACCCUUACUGUCUAGAUGAUGCUCCCCCCAAUCUGGGCUACCUGGUCCGCAUGCAGGGGGGCAUCCUCUUUGUGUACGAUAACCAGAAGAUGCUGGAGCGCCAGGAGCCCCACAGCCUGCCCUACCCCGACCUGGAGACUUACACUGUGGACAUGAGCCACAUCCUGGCCCUCAUCACUGAUGGCCCCACGAAAACAUAUUGUCACCGACGACUGAACUUUCUGGAAUCCAAGUUCAGCCUUCAUGAGAUGUUAAAUGAAAUGUCUGAGUUCAAAGAGUUGAAGAGUAACCCCCACCGAGACUUCUAUAAUGUGAGAAAGGUGGACACGCACAUCCAUGCGGCUGCCUGCAUGAACCAGAAGCACUUGCUGCGCUUCAUCAAGCACACGUACCAGACGGAGCCGGACAGAAUUGUGACCGAGAAGCAGGGCCGGAAGAUCACUUUGCGGCAGGUGUUCGACAGCCUGCACAUGGACCCGUAUGACCUCACUGUGGAUUCGCUCGAUGUCCACGCGGGCCGGCAGACAUUCCAUCGCUUUGACAAGUUCAACUCGAAAUACAACCCUGUGGGGGCCAGUGAGCUGCGGGACCUGUAUUUGAAAACUGAAAACUACCUGGGAGGAGAGUACUUUGCUCGGAUGGUCAAGGAGGUGGCCCGGGAGCUGGAGGAGAGCAAGUACCAGUACUCAGAGCCCCGGCUCUCCAUCUACGGCCGCAGUCCAGAUGAGUGGCUCAGCCUGGCCCGCUGGUUCAUCCAGCACAAGGUCUACUCACCCAACAUGCGCUGGAUCAUCCAGGUGCCCCGGAUCUAUGACAUAUUUAGGUCAAAGAAGCUGCUGCCAAACUUUGGGAAGAUGCUGGAAAACAUCUUCCUGCCCCUUUUUGAGGCCACAAUCAACCCCCAAGAUCACCGAGAGCUUCACCUCUUCCUCAAAUAUGUGACGGGGUUUGACAGCGUGGAUGACGAGUCCAAGCACAGUGACCACAUGUUCUCAGACAAGAGCCCCAGCCCGGACAUCUGGACCAGUGAGCAGAACCCGCCCUAUAGCUACUACCUGUACUACAUGUACGCCAACAUCAUGGUGCUCAACAACCUCCGCAGGGAACGAGGUCUGAGCACGUUCCUGUUCCGGCCUCACUGUGGGGAAGCUGGCUCCAUCACCCACCUGGUGUCUGCCUUCCUGACUGCCGACAACAUCUCCCACGGGCUGCUCCUCAAGAAGAGUCCGGUGUUGCAAUAUCUCUACUACCUGGCUCAGAUCCCCAUUGCCAUGUCUCCGCUUAGCAACAACAGUCUGUUCCUCGAAUAUUCCAAAAACCCUCUGAGGGAAUUCCUGCACAAGGGACUGCAUGUCUCUCUCUCCACCGAUGACCCCAUGCAGUUCCACUACACGAAGGAAGCGCUUAUGGAAGAGUAUGCAAUUGCAGCCCAGGUGUGGAAGCUGAGCACGUGUGACCUGUGUGAAAUCGCCAGGAACAGUGUGCUGCAGAGCGGCCUCUCGCACCAGGAAAAGCAAAAGUUUCUGGGACAGCAUUACUAUAAAGAAGGACCUGAAGGAAAUGAUAUUCGAAAGACGAACGUUGCUCAGAUCCGGAUGGCGUUCCGAUACGAAACCUUAUGCAAUGAGCUCAGCUUCCUGUCCGAUGCCAUGAAGUCACAAGAGAUCACAGCCCUGGCUAAGUAGGUCCAGCAGUGGACAUGCAUUUUAACUUUCUGGUUUAAUUUCAAGUCUGCCGUGAUUAACAGUGGCCCAGAUACCACGCUUGGAGUUGUCCUCCAGGGAGAGGAUGCCUCUGAAGAGCUUUCAAACCCAGCGAUUUUGGUUGCACCGUUCACUUGAGGAUCUAACACGCCCACUUCUGUUGGUAUUUCUGAGUAACAGAUGGUGACUACUCCUGGAGGGCCUGGGAAAUGGACAUUUGUACUCAUUCCUAAUUUUCCAAAUAUUUCUCUUGAAACUGCUAGUGCUUGCACUGCUGGGGCCAGGGUCUGCCAUGGUCCAAGUGCCUACCGACCCGGGGUCCCUGUGGUUUUCUGCUGUAGUCAGUCUGCUGCAGGCCCCGUGGGUAGCUGCUCGUUGUUAAUUUCAGCCCCAGGCUGGCUGGCUGCCUUAAACACAAUCAAUUUCAAAGCUCCCUUUCAUAAAGGAACUACUUUGAGAGGGUUAAAAUAGACAGCUUCCUUCUUUGCAUUUUUAAUGAAUUUCUUAAACUGUUUUAUUUAGCCCACCACCCUCCUUUCCAGUUAGGAAGCCAAAUGUGCACAUUCAGUCACUCCUAUUCUGUCUUCGUUUCCUCAUCCUAAAAGUGAGGGCUUGGAUUAGAUGAGAGGUUUGCAAAUGGUGUUUGGUGAACAACCCCCUCCCCCCAUUUCAGGGUCGGGAGCGCCAGGGGAGUGAGGUUGUGGGUGCUGCCUUUGCCUCUUCAAGGUGACUCUGCUUUCAUCAAGUUUUUCAUUGGGACUUUGACAUAUUUUUAUUUGAACUGAGGACUUCAAGAAGCAUUGGACUGGCCGCUUUCUGUUCCUUUUGGCCCCAAUACUCUACGACUGUAGCCCAGUUAUCAUUUUACUUGUGAAGAAUUAGGGCCAGAGAAGAGAGAUUACUUAAGCUCACCCAGCUAAUAAGGAAUAGGACUAGAGCCAGGUUUCCUUACUCCUACUGUAGUCCUUUCUCCACGAUUCCAUGAAGCCUCAUGAAUGUUGUAAUUUUUAUCACUGUAGCCUGGUGCCUUUCUUUUUAAAGGCAAAAUUUCUCUCUCACGUAAUACAUGGACUUUUUCAGAAGAUAUUAAGUGGUUGCAGGGGCCAGGUAGAAAGUAUUUUUUAAGACCGAUCUGAAUUUAACCUUUACCAAUGUACUCAUCAUGUGUUACUAGUGCCUGGCACAUAGUAGGUGCUCAAUAAAUGUAUGUUGAAUAAAGGGACUUCCCUUUUGGCAACGUUUUAAGGGUAUGUGCUCCCAGGACACAACACACUGCUCAAGGGCCUUCUUGGCCAUUACUGCGGGCAGACACGGACUGGGGGACAUCCUUCUGAAUCGUGGGGUUGGAAGAACCCUAUUUUCGCCUGUGGAAAUGCUCAUUUAAUGUCAGAAUUUCUUGUCCUGUGACUUUAUUUUAUAAUGCCUGUCCCCUCUCCACUGGUCAACUUAGCAUAUAAACAAUAAAUGUAGUGUGUAUUUUUUUUAAAACUAAACAAGUAUGUAUGUUAUCUUACAGCUAAUCAAGAAAUUGAAUGAAAACCCAGCAUUCAUCUUAGUCAUUCGUUAUUUUUGAAAAGCCCCCAUUUGUAUACAUUUGUCCUAACAUCACAAGCAUUGUACAGUUUUCAUUGUUGUUUUAGCUGUAUCAAGUAUUUCUUUUUAAUUAUUAAAUAAAGUCUGUUAGGAUUAUGGCUCAAUAAUUUAAAACUACUUCAAUACUAUUUAAAGAAAAUGUUUAAGUUUUCUACUGUAAGCAAGGUCUGAGCAUCAUUAAAAGCUAUCAAUAACUACCAACUGACGUUUAAUUAAGACUCAGACAUGGAUGACAUUCACUAGGAAAACGCAAGCUCACUGGACCCAGAAGGUAAAAAACCUUUGCUUCCUUUUUCUCUAACGUCUGCCGCACAUGUUCAUUCUCUGUUCCCUGGGUAACACUUGAAUAUGUUCAGCCAACACUUACUGCAUUUUGCCUGUCCUGCAAACUUCUGAGACACCUUCCUUUUUCUGUAGCACUUUGCAUUGUUAUUAAAUCAUUGUACCCAGCUGGCCAUUUUGGGGGGUGAAUCCUACUUUCUUUCCUGGAAUCAAAGGUACCUGUUUCUAAAAGAGCAGUUUUUGAGGUGUGUUAUCUCUCAUUCUAAAAGGCUCAGCUUCAUGUUGUGUGUUCUGUACUUCAAACUGCAUUGCUGACACGAUUAGUGUUGUUGCCUUUCAUCUCGUGAAAACAAAGCACAGCUCCUGCGUUGGUAUUUACCAAGGCCUGUCCUAGGCCUUCACUUCCUCAUACUCUGCAUUAAAGCAGAAUUGCAAACCAUCCCUCUGGGUUUCUCUUCACUUGUUCUUGAGUGCUGUGUUGAUGAAACAAUAUUCAUCUUUUUCUGGAUUUGUAGAUACAGCUGAAGGUGACAUAUUGGUAAUAUGCCUGACUAUUCUAUGCCCAAACAAUGACUAUAUUAUAAAGAACAAGUGUAACUAACUUCAAUAGAGGAAUACUAAUCAUA